AUGGAUAAUACAGAAGAAUCCUCGCAUUCGAUUGAAGAUUUUAAUACCUCUUCAUCACCAACAGACCACCCUGAUGGAAUCGAUCAACAAGCAUACUUAAAAGACCAAAAUUGUGUCAUUUGCCACAUUAAAUUUGGAAAAACUUCUUUAUCUCACACAAGAAAAUAUUUUUGCAAAUUUUGUUUUCGAGGAGUUUGCGGAAAUUGCUCGUCUCAUAGAAUCAAUGGAAAUAGGUGCUGCAAUUCCUGCUAUGACGCAGAACUACAGAAUAAAGAUAAAGCAAAAUUAAUAGAGGAGAAUUUAAUAAUUCGGUUAAAACACUUAGAAGAGUCACUACAAAAAUUGUCAGAAAAUCAAAUAGAAAACGAAAGAACACUUACUCCUCAAUACAAAAUUUGUUCCAAUUUGGGGAAAUAUAAAAAUUUUUUUUUUUAUAUAAAAAAUGUAUAAAAAUUAUUAAAAAUGUUAAUUGAAACCAAUAUUUUUGUAAUUAAUUUAUUUAUAUAAAGAAUUACCGUGAAAUUGUUAUAAUAGCACUCCAUACAGCUUAUCCCUGAGACUUGAAUUUUUGCCUCCGGAACUAUCAUUGGAAAGUGCAAGAUCAGAAAAAGCCCACGAGAGGACAAGAAAUCCUUCGAGCAAGACUCAAGAGGUGACUUUUUUAAUGACAAAUUGAGAGCUGCGACCCAGGUGGUGAGCCCAUAGGGUCCAGAAUCAUGGAAGUCAAAAUUGGUGCCCCUCCCUGCGGGAGCGGGGAGGGGUGUCUGCCGAGGUCCCUCGGGGACGAUAACUAUGUAGGGAUGGAAAUACCCAGUCCUCUCAAAGAAAAAGAUCAAUUAAAAUAGCAUAGCAUACUUGUACUUCCUCCAUUAAACUCAGUCAAAACUUUUCAUAAAAAUCAGUAAUUUCAUCUAUAAAAUUUCGAAAUAAUAAGCUCAAAAGGAUUAAUUUAUCCAAAAAAUCGAAAUUAAACUUAUAUUUUUUGUUCCAAUCAAAGGGGAGUUAAAAACCUAGAAUUCAUCAGCAAACAAAAGGAAUCUGAAAUUAUUGAAUUAAAAUUUAUACUAGAAAAUAGCAAAGGACAUAGAAAUAGCAGAGAAGAAGAUAAAAUAAAUAAAACCAAAUAUUAUGAUACUUUAAAAAAUUUUGAAGAGUCGCAGUCUCAGCUUGUGAUACUAGCAAACGAAAAAGAAAAGUUGAGAAGCAGUAUCCAUAAAGCAGAAAAUGAAAUUAUUUUGCAAAAUGAAAAAACUUUUGAAAUUGUCAAAGAAAUAAGAGAACUACGCUGUUUUCAAUUAAUAAUAGCUCUUAUUUUUUUACCUUAAAAUCUUAUUUUUAUGCAAAAUUAAAAAAGGCGAAGAUGAUUUUUAUACAAUUUUUAAAAAAAUCGUUUAAAAGAAGAAAUUGCAGCAUCUUCUCAAAAUAAGCAGACUUUAAGAGAAAAUAUUGAUUUAAAUGCAAAACUCAAAGAUAUGGAAUUUCAAAAAGAUCAAGACAAAGUUUCGAUUGCAGAGUCUUUAGAGCUGUUAAGAGACCAAAUAAUAAGCGAACAACAAGAAAACGACAGUCUUAGAGUCAGCAUAUCAGGUGCCACAUCUGAAGCAGAAUUCAAAAAAUUGAUAAAAAAAGAACAAACCAAAAUUUUCGAGCUAAAAGAAGAAAUCAAAUCUUUGAAAAAUCAAAUAGCAAGCCAAGAAAUAAAAAGAGAUAGCAAAUUUGAAGAACUCUCAGUAGUCGAGCGUAACACUCAACCCUGCAAGUGCGAGAUUUUUUAA